UCCCCACGUAUUUGCCAAAGACCACAGUGAUAGCUCCUCGUGAAUAUUCCACCAACCAAAACCAUUGCAUUUACGUAAUUUCCACAACCUUCAACCACCUCAUACAAACUCACUCAUGUCUAUCUUCACAAGCUCUUAUAUUGUCUUUACUACUUUGUUAGCCAUACAAACAUAUUGAAAGAGAAAGAGAGAGAGAGAGAGAAAAGAGAAAGUAAGAAAGAGAUGGGGGUGGUGAUAAUAGAUGGAUCAACGGUGCGUGACUUUGUGAGCGAUGAGGCUCAGUUCAAGAAGAGCGUGGAAGAGAGGUUUGCAGCUUUCGAUCUCAACAACGAUGGUGUUCUUUCGCGCGGCGAGCUCCGCAAGGCCUUUGAGUCCAUGAGGCUCCUGGAGACCCACUUCGGCAUCGAUGUGGUGACCACUCCGGAUCAGCUAUCCCAGCUCUACGACUCCAUAUUCGAGAAGUUUGACUGUGAUCGCAGUGGGACUGUGGAUGUGGAGGAGUUCAGGGCAGAGAUGAAGAAGAUCAUGCUUGCUAUUGCUGAUGGGCUUGGGUCCUGUCCCAUUCAGAUGGCUCUUGAGGAUGGUGAUGAAAGUUUGCUUAAAAAGGCUGCAGAUCUUGAGGCUUCUAAGUCUAAUUCUAAGGCCUCCUUCUAGUCCUACUCCUCAUCAUUCCUUAACAAUCUUAUCCAAUCCAAUCUCACUGCUAUGCAUUGCAGAUGCUUCUUCUGGGCUGGGUUUCUAGUUUCCACUAUAUAUAUGCAUUUUUUUUUGGUGAAAAAUAAAUAAAUUAUGUAUAUAUAUGCAUAUUAUGAGUGAUGUUCUUCGUGUAGUCUUUCUCUCUAUUAUGUGCAAUAUUUUUAUCUAAUCUAAAUAAGUGAGCAAGUACAAAAU